GAGGUGGUGACUCAGCUCUUCAGGCAGCGCUAUCCUUAAUUCUGUUGGCUGUAGAUAAAUCCCCUGGCGCUCUUUCUGUGGUUUGUUUCUUUUUGAACAAAGAACAGAGACAGUGAAAGUGAUAAAGCUUCUAGUCCACGGCUGGCAAGGAACUACAGAACAAUGACAGAAAAUGACAGAUGCCCGAGCGCGGUACAAUAUUUUGGAAACAUCAAAGGAGGAAUGAAACCAGCUAUGAAGAUCACCAUUAUGGGCAUUGUGGAUGACAAACCAAAGAGUUUUACAGUCAGUUUGCUGUGUAACCCCAACGACAUGGAUCAGGAUGUUGCACUUCUACUGAGAGUCAACUUUCAAGAAAAGUCAAUAGUUCGAAAUGCCAAGUUUGCUGGAAUUUGGGGGACAGAAGAAGGAAACAUUCCAUAUUUUCCUUUCACAGCAGGGGACAACUUUAAGAUGGAAAUCCUGUGCGAACACCAACAGAUGCGGUUGACCCUGGAUGGACAGCAGCUUUGUGACUUCGCACAUCGAGUUCCACAGCUCAGAACAGUCAUUGGAUUAAAAGUCACUGGGGAUAUCAGGCUUACUAAAGUGGCAUGAGAAGAUGGGCUGUACCUUCCACAGGAGCCAUAUUUGUUGCUGUCAUUAUCAGGAUUUACUCGUUAUUAGGGUUGCCAUCCGGCCAGUAUUUUACCGGCCCAGCCGGUAAAACACCUGCCAAGGCCUGGGCCGGUAUCACAAAUUUACCGGCAAUGUAGCUGCCGGUAAAUUUGUAAUACCCUUCAAAAAGACCCCUCGGCCUGCCCCCAAUUCCCUGUAACUUAGCUUCUGUCCUCCGUUCGGUUCUCCGCGUCGUGGACCGCCCGUUUUUGCGGCCCGGCCUGCCCCUUUUGACGUCACACCCAGCACCUUUUGUUCCCGCCCCCCACCAGCCGGUAACAAAUAUAGGAAAAUGUGGCAACCCUACUCAUUAGGGUAGGACUACAUGGCCAAUUCAGCCGCUAUCUGACGCAAUGUGCAAAAUCGCAGGCGUCACGUCGAAUACGACUGAAACAAGGUAAGUAAUGGCAGUGUCGGAUCGUGUCGCAUUGUUGAUGUGACACGACUGGCGGUUGCAGAAGCAGCAUGCAGCGUCUGCAUCCGACUGUCGCGUCGCAUCAAUGCUGCUACACGAUGUGACCAUUGAAUUACUUACCUUGUUUCCGUCGCAUCCGACGUGACGCCUGCGAUUUUCCGCAGCGCGUCGGAUCGCGGCUGAAUAGGCCAUGUAGUCCUGCCCUUAUACAUAAGCUUGCAAUUACAGAACGGAAAGCCUACUGCUGUAGAAAUGAAGUUGUGUGCAUUUUACUGGCCCGGCCUAUAUUUAAAUCAGGGGCUAUAGAUUCAAUAGGUUGCUGUGCAAACAAAUAAAAUGUCAUUGUCAUCAAAACAGAAAGGUUUUUAUUUAGCUGAAAAUGUGUAGUAAAUGUAAUAGAGUAGAAUA